CGCGCAGUGCGCCUGCGCGGCGCGGGAUGAGGGUGUCUUCGCUGAGGCGCCGCGCGCCUCUCGUUCCUCACCACCCACAAAAUGGCGGCGCCUGCCGAGGCGCCGGUGGCGGCCGAGGGCCGGUUCCGUACGCGCGAUGUCCUCGUACCCGGCGGCCCCUCCGACUUCGGGUCACUGCUGCUGUCAGCGCCGGUGCUGGCGGGGCUGGAGGCGGCUGGGUUCCACAGGCCGUCACCGGUCCAGCUGAAAGCCAUCCCGCUGGGGCGCUGCGGCCUGGAUCUCAUCGUGCAGGCCAAGUCUGGCACGGGUAAAACCUGCGUGUUCUCUACCAUCGCCCUGGACGCGGUGCUGCUGGAGAGCCCCGCCACGCAGAUUCUGAUCUUGGCUCCUACACGAGAGAUUGCUGUGCAGAUUCAUGCUGUAAUCACAACUAUAGGAAUAAAAAUGGAAGGCUUGGAAUGCCAUGUCUUCAUUGGAGGGACUCCUUUGAACCAGGACAAAAUCAGGCUAAAGAAGUGCCACAUAGCAGUUGGCUCCCCAGGUCGAAUAAAACAGCUCAUAGAGUUGGACUACUUGAAUACAGCCAGUAUCCGGCUUUUCAUUCUUGAUGAAGCAGACAAGCUCCUAGAAGAAGGCAGCUUUCAGGAACAAAUCAAUUGGAUUUACUCUUCACUGCCAGCCAAUAAGCAGGUGCUUGCUGUUUCAGCUACUUACCCUGAGUCAUUAGCUAAUGCUUUGACUAGGUACAUGAGAGAGCCAACCUUUGUGAGGUUGAACCCCACUGACCCAAGUCUCGUUGGGCUGAAGCAGUAUUACAAAAUUGUGAAUUCCCAUCCACUUCCACAUAAAACAUUUGAGGAAAAAACGCAGCACCUACAGGAGUUGUUCAGCAAGAUUCCAUUUAAUCAAGCCUUGGUCUUCUCAAAUUUGCACAGCAGGGCUCAACAUUUAGCUGAAAUACUGACAUCCAGAGGCUUUCCUGCUGAGUGCAUUUCAGGCAACAUGAAUCAAAAUCAACGACUUGAUGCUAUGGCUAAAUUAAAGCAGUUCCACUGUAGAGUUCUCAUUUCCACGGACUUGACAUCUCGUGGAAUUGAUGCUGAGAAGGUGAAUUUGGUUGUCAACCUGGAUGUGCCUCUAGACUGGGAAACGUACAUGCAUCGUAUUGGCAGAGCUGGGCGCUUUGGAACUUUAGGUUUAUCUGUUACAUACUGCUGCCGUGGGGAGGAAGAAAACAUGAUGAUGAAAAUUGCUCAGAAGUGUAAUCUUCAGCUGCUUCCUCUACCAGAGUCCAUACCUCCUGGAAUGAUGGAUCAGUUUGAAGAUGGGGAGGUAGAAGUCAAACCUGUUAUACAUACAGAUGCUCCAGUGAAUUCUGACACUGUGUGUCUUAAACCAGAGGGGCCAGUACGGCAGCCUGUCCAAAAUAGUUUUUCAGAGGUGCGCCAGCCUUUCUCUAACCUUCCAGGUGAUAAUUCUUCUGCAGAAAGGCCAAAAAAGGCUCCAAAGCAAAAGCAGAUAAAGUGCGCAAAUUCUGCAAAUACAGACAAAGGUGGUAGUAGAAAACCCCAAAUUUCGAGUCGUGGCACAGAACAGAGGAAUCAAGUCAAAACCAUCUCUAGAAGGGAUGGACAAUAUAAUGCUCAGGCUGCAGAUGAGGAGGCCUUAAAAAAAAAUCUUCCCAGAAUUCCAUGCUUGUCUUCUUUCAAAAACACACCCAACCAUCCCUGGAGCUUCUCGGAGUUUGUUGAAGACUAUGAAUGUUUCAUCAAAGAAGGGUUGGAUAGAGAAGUAGAAAUUUUAAGAAGCUACUCAGGCCCGGGAGAACAAUGUGAGCUCCCCAGAAAUGGUGAUGUAGAAUGGAAAGAGGUGGAACCUUAUCCAGAGAUGGUAGCAAAUGGUGGUGUGUCUGGAGACAGUGAUGAUUCAUACAGUUCCACAGCUUCUUCCAGUAGCAGGGAAAACAACUCUGGCUUUGAAGCUUUUUCAGAUACACGGGAGAAGAAGGGCAUGAAUGCUGUUCCCCCAGCACGUCAAAGUCGUGCAGGUUUCUGCCCUGCACCAGACAGGCCUCAAAAGCUAUCACAAGUCCCGAAGCAAAACCAAGUGAAAAAGAAAGUUCUGAAACAAAAUGCUAAACAAAAGCAAAGCCGUGACCAUCGCUUCCCUAGUCCUGCCACGAGAACAACUGAAGAUGACUGCUCCUGCAGCUCGUGGGAUGACGGUGUUCCUGCUGAGGAUUUGAGUUACAAAAACUACUGGAAAUACUAUUACCAGGCAUGGCAAAACUACUGUGCUGCAGUGUCUCAGUACACAGAAAGUUACAGACAGUUCAGGUGGAUGAGUGCCUAUCAUGCCAACUCGGUCUAUUUUCAGGAACUGCUGAAAAGUGAUUGAUGUGUUCACGCUGCCAUCAGGGUGGCUGGUGGGUGCAAUGAGGGGACACUAUCUGUGGAAACAACUGCUGGUCUAGGCGUACACUGACAAAUGGACAUUGUUUAAGAGUGAAGAAAACUUGUCUAGGUAAAUGUCUUACAUGCAUUCCAGUGCUGGUGUUACGAGUUUUUAAUAAAAGGAAAUGAAAGAG